CGGCGAGUGUGCGCGUAGCGUGACGUGCCGGGCGCCAUGUUGGAGGGCUAGUGGUGGCGGCUCGGGAAGGUGCUCGCUCCGUCCGUCUCGCUCUCUCGCUCGCUUCCCCCGGCUCCCUUCGGUGCCCCGCCCCGGUCGCCUGCGUGCCGGAGUGUGUGUGUGCGAGGCAGGGGGCGGGCGUCCGGGGGGGUGGGGGGGAGACGCUCCGGGCCCCGGGGAGGCCCCGCGGAGUGAGGCGGAGGCUGCGAGGGACUCCGGGAAGCCAUGGACGUCGAGAGGCUGCAGGAGGCGCUCAAAGAUUUUGAGAAGAGGGGUAAAAAGGAAGUGUGUCCUGUCCUGGAUCAGUUUCUUUGUCAUGUCGCCAAGACUGGAGAGACAAUGAUUCAGUGGUCGCAAUUUAAAGGUUAUUUUAUCUUCAAACUGGAGAAAGUGAUGGAUGAUUUCAGAACUUCAGCUCCUGAACCAAGAGGUCCUCCCAACCCUAAUGUCGAGUAUAUUCCCUUUGAUGAAAUGAAGGAAAGAAUACUGAAAAUUGUCACUGGAUUUAAUGGUAUCCCUUUUACUAUUCAGCGACUAUGUGAAUUGCUAACAGAUCCAAGAAGGAACUAUACAGGAACAGACAAAUUUCUCAGAGGAGUAGAAAAGAACGUGAUGGUUGUUAGCUGUGUUUACCCUUCUUCAGAGAAAACCAAUUCUAAUAGUUUAAAUAGGAUGAAUGGUGUUAUGUUUCCUGGUAAUUCACCAAGCUAUACUGAAAGGUCUAAUAUAAAUGGGCCUGGAACCCCCAGGCCACUUAACCGACCAAAGGUUUCUUUGUCUGUCCCAAUGACAACAAAUGGGUUGCCUGAGAGCCUAGACAGUAAGGAGUCAAACUUACAGCAAAAUGAAGAGAAAAAUCACAGUGACUCGCUAGCUUCUGAAUCAGAAGCGUCUUCAGUGAGCCCUACGAAAAAUAAACACGCAGAAGAAGAUGCCGGAGACGCCGAGGGCCGGGAGGUGAAGAGACUGCGGUUUGAGAAAGAAGGGGAAGUGAGGGAGGCAGCCAGUCAGAUGGCUUCCAGCGCGAGUCCCUCGGCAGCAGGGCCGGAAGGCUCGUCUUCACCUCAGGGUAAAGACAAGGAAAGCCGCGGCAGCAGGCAGCACUGUGCCGAAGAGGAGGAGGACGAGGACGAGGACGAAGAGUCUUUUAUGACAACAAGAGAAAUCCCAGAAAGAAAAAAUCAAGAGAAAGAAUGUGAUGAUGCAUUAACUGUGAAUGAAGAGACUUCUGAGGAAAGUAAUCAGAUGGAGGAUUCCCCUGCGUCUCAAGCUGAGAAGGAUUCCCGCUCUGAAGGUAGUGAAGAUCCAGGCCCUGCGAGCAGCGGCUCCAGCUGCCAGCAGGCAGGCGGCUCGGAAGGGUCCAGCAGCUCCAGUGAGACUGGAGAGCUUCUGUCGGAGUCUUCCAUGGAGAAUGAUGGCGACGCUGCCCAGGCCCCCGAGGAGCCGAUGGAGCAGGACUGACCGCCAGGGGCACCGAGGUGCAGGCCUUCACGUACAGUUCUGGUUUACACUGUAGAAAACUCGGAUGUGAGCAAGUGCACCUGCAGCUUUGCAAGAGAAGCAGGUUGCCACGUACUGUGAGGGGGAGUCCUGAAAGGUCGUACAUGUGAGGACUCUGAAUAUUUCUGGGUCCUACUCACCACUGACUGUUUUUUUGGUCUGGUCAAAUCAGUGGUUUGUGUAUAGAUUUUUUUUUUUAAGGGUUAAAGUUUUUAAACUGGAAAAUAAUAAUUAUAAUUUGAAAACUUAGUUGAGGUGAUCACAUUUAGUUUAUACAUGUGCAAGAAAGCUCUUUGUCUUCUCUGUGAACGCUCUGGCCGUUUUCCUGUUUUGGUCAUAGUUUCAAUAUUUUAACAUGUGAAUUGUAGGGUUUCAUGCUGGUUUCCAGGUUUUAUUGUUUGUGUACAAUGGAACUUUAAGUCAUAUAUACAUAUAUAUACAUAUACAUACAUAUAUAUUAUUCUAAGGGGGGAAAUGUUAUAUUUUUCUGUUUCUAUAAGAGAUGAAUACAGUGGAUACUUUUUCUAUUGGUAAUGAUUGAGUUCACCUCUUUCAGAAGGCAUUUUCUUUCUCUUCUGAAUAAUUCAAAUAAAAUCUGGCCCUUGUGAAACCCUGGACAUCUUGUCUGUUGAAAUAGCAGGUUAAACACAUUCCAAGGAAUCUUGAAGCUGCAGUCCUUGUGUCUGCUCCUGAGGGGCUGGGGAGGAAACACGGCUGUUGAUGAGA